AUGGGAAGCGGGGUUUGGCCCAGGGGAGCAGCGGGACCAGCAGCAGAGAGAGAAAGCAGGAACGGGCUUGGGGAGCUACCGGAGCGCGGCCAGGGCGGGAAGGGCCGAGCCCGACCUCCAGAGGGGAGAGCGGGCGCUCCCUCGCGCGACAGCGCGACAGCGCCACGCGCCCGUGCUGAGGCGACGCCGGACCGCGCGACGCCGGACCGCGCGACGCCGGACCGCGCGACGCCGGACCGCGCGACGCCGGACCGCGCGACGCCGGACCGCGCGACGCCGGACCGCGCGACGCCGGACCGCGCGACGCCGGACCGCGCGACGCCGGACCGCGCGACGCCGGACCGCGCGACGCCAUCGGGGCCCCGCCCCCUCCGCCUUUCACUUUCAGUUCGCCUGGCCGCCCGCCCCGCCUCCCCCGCCCUGACUGACACCAGGAACACCACUGAGCGGCCGGCGCGCCGGCGGACUGACCAAUGGCGGCCGGGGGCAGCGCCUGCGGGCGGGCCGCCCGGCUGGGCUGGGACCGCCAUGAAGGAGCCGGCGGCCGCCGAAGAGGAGGUGCUGCAGGACUACCUGGCCUACUACGCGGCCCGAGGGGCGGAGGGGGAGCUGGCGGUGUGCGAUGAAGCCUCCCUGAAGGCGAGGGCGCGACGGCUCCUAGGCGUGCGGCGGCGCGGCGCCCUGGACGUGCGCAGCCUGGCGGAGCGGUGCCGGCGGGCCCGGGGCGAGCGGGGCGGCAGCGUCCUCCGCGAUCUGCUUAGGGCGCUGGAGGUGCUGGAGCUGCUCUGCGUCAACCUUCUCCUCUGCCCGUGGCGGAAGGAGAUCAGAUCGCUGAAGACGUUCACCGGUAACUUUGUCUACUACAUUCAGUCAGUGCUCCCAGAUGACAUUGUCACCACAGUGCUGGAGAAAAUAGGUUACACUGCAACAACAGCAACAGAGUUUUCACUUGUCAAAAAGAGGAACAAUGAGGAAACAAAGCAGACUGCAUUUGAAAUAUUCCUGGCAAGGAUUGAGUGUGAAACCAUCCUCGAACUGACAAGUGAAGAAAAGCAUGGCAGUGUGGAGAAGACCCUGCAGAAGAGAGCACAAACACACCAGCAUCAUCAGGACAAAGAGGAUCAGACAGCCCAGAGAGAAGAGGCUGAAAGUGGAGAAAUUAAAGCAGUCAGUGAGACAAAGUUGUGCCUUGCCACUCAACAGCAGCCUCCAGCUCACAGCCACGCAUCCUUUGAAGCUGCCAGGAGCCGAGGUGAGGUGCCUGAGUUAGCAGCUGCUCUAUCCACUAACAGGCCUCAGGAACACCAAAGGCAAGGCACCAACACUCUGUGUUUGUCAGGCAAGUGCUCAGAGAGUGAGGACUUCCUGACUGAAUACAGUGACAUUUUCAUAAGGCAAACACCUCUUUUCAGUGAGAACCUUUCUCCAAAGGUGUUUGAAAACAAGCCAAGAGCCAGCCUGAGUAAAGAACGUGUGCUGGCAGCCACUGCAGAGCCAGCUGCAGAUGAGAUCAGGCUUGUGCCACUCUCACCAGGAGCAAGUGGUCCACCAGCUUUUGCAGUAUUUGCUGACAGCUCUUGUGGCAGCAAGACCACUUUGGACUACAAAGCUCAGCAAGUCCCCACAGAAUCAAUUGAAGCAGAGAUUCACGAUGCCAUGAACUGCAUAGACCCAGACCCUGCUGAUGAACCCAAUGAGCUGAAGUCUCUGCCAUACAGGGACAUUGCAUCUGUCCAAAACUGCAGCCUCCCUAGGGAAGAGGAAGUUUGUGAACUGUCUUUAACCUUCACAAAACUCCAGAUCAAGGACACCCAGGAAGACCUCAUGUACCCAGUAGAGGAAACUGGGCAGCCUGAGUCAGUAUCAUAUGCACCCACAGGUGACAGGCAUGUGAGAGAAUGUAAUCACCCCAGAAUGGCACAAACAUACCUGAGCAGUGCUCAGGUGCAGAACAAAGCAGUUGCACAUCCUGAGCCAUAUUCAGAUCUGUGCUGUACUGCUGGGAGCAUGGAGAAUCCCACUGCUGCUCCUGAUAGCAAGAGACUCUUCAUGGCUGCUCCUGAUGGCCAUCCAGCUGCUGAGUACUUCAUGCACAUCAGAGAGCCCCCUCGCCUCACCUACCUUCCACCACGGAGUAUUGAUGUCCAGUCCUCACGCAUAAGGAAUGCCCAGGGCAAAAGGAGCCCCUUGCAGCCUGAAGGUGACUCUCCUGAAGCCAGUAAGGUAAAGCUGGAGACCCAUCACUCCAAAGUCAGUGAACUCCAGGAGCCUUAUGUCAUUAUUGACAGAAAUGACCCAGGAAUGUUGUGCCAUCAGGCUUGACUCUACCAGUGCUUUAAUUCUGAGCUGCCUGCAGCUUUUGCCUGCUUCCUUGCUUUUGGCCUUGAUGAUCUUUGCAAGAUUAGCUUUGUCAAAACAGUUUAAAGAAACCUUGCUUUACAGACCUGUUCCUGAAUGACU